CGAGGAUCACAGCGUCGACAUGGGGCCCAUCAGUACGCAAAUCCAGGCUGCUAUACCUCGCAGUGGCCAGGCCCACAAUGACAUAUGGUGCCCAGAUAUGGGCCGUAAACGACAAAGGAGAAAGCAUAGCAGAAUCAAAGACCAAACCUCUCACGACGACCCAGAACAAAUGCCUCAGGAAGGUGCUGGGGGCGUAUAAACGAACCCCCAUCGCUGCCAUCGAAAAGGAAAGCGGCACGCCACCAAUAGACAUAUACCUUCAAACAAUAGCCAUGCAACGAGCUGUCAAGACAGCUCACC